GUCAUAUUUCCCACAGUCUGGUGCAAGCACAGCACCACAGCACUUUACACAGACCGCUCUCCCUACCCUAGACGUAUUUCUCACACAGUAUAACCAGUAAGGCCUGAUGAGAAGGGUCUCUUUAGUGCCUUCAUGAAACCCCAGCACGUCUUCCUGCUCCUGUAUUGGGUAUCACAAUCAGGUGUUGUCUCCGUAGAAGCCAAAAACAAUACCUGCGACCCAGCCAAAGAGCACUGUUACGAUGUAUCGGACUCUACCUCCCAGUUCCUGCAGUGUGCAGGGGUUCCCUCCGGGCCCCUCGCCGACCGCCAGCACAUGCACAACCUAGUACGACUGGUGGACGCCACCCUGGACGUCUACUCAUUCAUGAGGUCGGCUCUGAGCCAGGGCCCGGCACUGGAGCUGUCCGGUGGCAUCCAGGUGACACCGCUGGGCCUGGUGAGCGAGGCGGACGUGCUGAAGGUGUGGCUGGAGGUCAAGAUGAAGCCCCUCCUCUCCUCCGUCUCACAGCAAUUCCUGCGUUGCCUCGGAAACAAGAACCUCAGCUGCGAAGCCUACCACACUGUGGUGGAGGAGCUGAGUCAUCACUUCUCUGGCAUGGACACUUUUCGGCAGAAAUGGAUCUACAUGUUCUUCAUGUACCCCUUCCUGUCCGACAACAGAACAGCUGGCUGCAUGCACUUGAGUAACAGCAGUGAGGACUGGCUGAUGAGGAACUUUGGCUCUUUCUCUGUCAUGGCCACCAUGAAGGACCUGUCAUCACUUAACAUGGUCUUCAGCGGGCUGGACGUGUUGCACCUGUUGACGCCGGAGCAGAGGGCAGAGCUGCUGCUUCAGCCUGGGGUGGCCGGGCUGGACCACGGAGUCCUGAGCCUGGUCUUCAACAACCUGCUGGAGCCCAUCAGGCCUCGACCUCCUCAUCCACCUCGUCCUGGGCCUCCCCAUCCCCCAAGUGCCACCGGUGCUCCAGUCACCAUGGACCCCAAUACCACUGCCCCCUACGGUUAUAGCCACAGCAUGGGACCCUAUAACCCCACGACAUACUACACACCACCUCAUAUGGAAACCCUUACACAGAUGGCGAAUGGAUUCAUGUCUGUGAUGAAACCUGCACAUAGUUUUGCCAGACACCUGGUUGACUUCACAAAUGAGAACGACCUGACCACCAUGCGUAGUGCCACUCUGAUCCAGGCCAUGAUAAACUGGACCUUAGCAGAACUGGCUGCUCCCUACAAGAACCAAACCCAACCGGACCAGAGCCAGGUCUCCUUUGACCCCCUGGACAUCAACGACUGGUUCGAGCACGCCGUGGUUCCCGUUCUGAGACGCUAUCUGCCUCACAACCAGACGCAGAUCCCGGAGAACAUCACUCUAGUGUUCCACAGCCUAUUCCAUAUUCAGAACGGUUUGGACAUCGGCUCAGACGAGAGUGACGUGGGUUAUGAUAUCUGCAGCCUAAGUAUCGAUGACCGUUCAUGUGCUCUAACUGAUGCAGUGGAGGAGGUGGCUCGUGUGAUGCACUGUGCAGCGAAGACCAACCUGAGUCUGACUGAGGAGACCUUCUUCAAACUAGUGAUGGAGCUCGCUUCUCCUGUUGAGUCACUCCUGGGCCAGCUCUCUCAAAUGGACUUCAGUUCUCCUGACUCGCCGUUCGCUGGCAUCCUCUCGGGUCCAAUGACGCAGGAGAACCACGGAGACGUGUCCUUCAUCAAGCUCUGGUUCCAGAUCAGGCUGAGACCUCUGCUGCCCUCCAUCACGCCAGAGUACCUGUCCUGCCUCAGUGGCAAGCCCUUCACCUGCGAAGUCUACCAAGAACUUGUGAAGGCCCUGGGUGAGCACAUGGACGACAUGCAUGAGGGAGGAGCUGAGAUGGUGCUGCAGCACUUCCUCAUUCCCUACCUGGCCAACCCCAACAGCACAGAGCCUGGGUGUGUGGCGUCGUCUCAUGGCAGUGCUGAUUGGAUGGUGAAGAACCUGGGCCACUUUGCCCCCAUGGCUGAACUGACUGACCUGUACAUGAUCAAUCCCAUCUUCUCUGCUAUGGAGGUGAUGGGGAUGCUGUCCCCCAGGCAGAUGGCAGAGCUGAUGGUGGCUCCCCUCCCCCGGCUGCCCCCUAAACAGGAGCUGGUGGACCGCGUCUUUGAUCACCUGCUCACAGACCCUGUGGAGAGGGAUCUACCCCAAGUGCUCAACCACCUCGUGAGAUUCAGUCAUGACAUGGACAUGGACUGUGAGACCUACCAGAUCAUAGUUCGAAAGCUGCAUGAUAUUCAGUUUCACAUGGAAUCCGAGAUCUUGGCAGCAAUUAACAAUCUAAGGCAACCUACAGAUUGUUCAAUGCCAGUGUUUGCCCAGUGUCCAGAGAUAUUCUUCAAUGAAAGCAGAAUCUGUGCAGGAGUUAACAGCUCUGAGCUGGAGCACUACCUGAGGGAAGGGAAGGCUCCCUGUAAUUACACCCUGACAGAGUAUGCCUGCUCACAGCUGACCAACUUCACUGCCCAUAACUUGGCCCACCUGCUGGUCUGCAAGCUGUCCAGCAACAUGACUCACUCCAGGGAGACCUGGAAGCUGCUCCUCACCAAAACAUCUGAUGUUCUGGACGAAGCUCUUGUGAUGUUCUCACAUAUGGUCUCCAACAUGUCCCUGACAGUUGGUGGUCCAUCUGUGACAAAUCUACUGGACGUGCUUGGAGACGUUCUAUUGGACAGGUUUGAUGAAGAGGUGUGGAGCAACAUUUCGUUUGUCUCCGGCCUGUUUGGUGAAAGCCUGAGACCGUUCCUACCCUUCGCCUCAAGUGGCUUUCUGCGGUGCAUCAGCAGCAAUCUCACCUGUGAAACUUACCAGUACUUAGUGCGAGAACUCAGCCAGCAGUUUGACCACAUUCCUAGGCCACACAGAGUUGUCUUUCUUGACAACUUCAUCAAACCGUUCCUGACUAAAAUAACAACAGAGAGUAACAUGACAAAGUGUGAGCGAGAAAGACACAACGCUUCUGGCUUAAUCGGAGCCUUCGUGCCUCAGUGUGAUGAGCAGGGUCGGUUCCGGCCGCUCCAGUGCUCCGGGUCUACGGGUUACUGCUGGUGUGUGAACAGCCAGGGACAGGAGAUAAACGGCACCCAGGUGCCCCCUGGGUCACCCAAACCAAACUGCUCUGAUCCAGUUGCAGCCUGCUACUCUAAUAACAGUGCGGAAUGGCUCCUCAACAACUUUGGACGAUUCUCCAUCUUGGUGCCUCUCCAGGAUCUCUUCACUCUCAACAAGAUGUUUGAUCCACUGCAAGCGCUGGCCGUCCUCUCUCCUCUCCAGAUGGCUGAGCUGAUGGUGCAGCAUCGCUUCCCUGGUCUCCCAUCUCGGACAGUGGCCAUCAAUGCUGUGUUUGAUUACUUGACCACCAAUGGACAAAAGCUUCCAGAGGUCCUCCAUCAUCUGGUUGUACUCGCCAGACAGAUCAUGAUACCUUGUGAAAGCUAUGAAACACUUUUUCUGCGGCUGUAUCAGAUCUUGCCCUAUGAGCCUCGCCAGACUGAACCGCUAAUCUGGGCCACCAUAGACGACCUCAUGCAGACAGCACCCAGAGACUGCCUUCCCGUGGACUUGAUUUGUCCGAUCACCCCAUUUAAUGACACAACAGUUUGCCACGAUGUUGACAGUUCUGUGCUACAGAGCCACCUGGUGGCUGGGAGUGGAAUGGCAAUGUGCAACUUCAGUGUGGAACAGUACGCUUGUGCUGAUCUGGGAAAUGUAUCUGCUGAGUAUCUGGCCUCCCUGCUGAAGUGUAAGCUGUCUAGCGACAUGGCCGUCUCCAAGGAGGCGUGGAAGCUGCUCCUCACCAAAGCCUCUGCCGUGCUGGACCAGGCUCUCAGCAUCCUCGCAAACAUGUCGGUGGCGUUGAACGGUCCGUCGGUCCCUCUUGUUCUGGACGUGAUCAGGGAAAUGCGUUUGGACCUGCUGGACCCGCAGGAGCUGAACCAUAUGGGUGUGCUCUCAUCCUGGCUUGGCGGCCAUCUUGGAGCCUUCCUGCCAUCGGCUUCGGGCAUCUUCCUGAAAUGCCUCGGCAGCAGACCCCUCAGCUGCGCCACCUACCAGCAUGUGAUGAGCCAGUUCAGCCAUGUCUUCAGUCAGAUGGACGAUGGCCACAGAAAGAUGGUGCUGAAAUACUUUAUCCGUCCCUUCCUGUCCAGUAACACAACAGACGGGUGUGCCUCCAACGACAGUGCAGUCUGGCUGCAGGAAAACUUUGGCCCGUUCUCCGUGUUCACACAAGUUGCUGAGCUGGUCUCCCUCAACCCACAGUUCAACCCUGUAGUGGUGGUGGAGGUGUUGUCUCCUCAGCAGGUGGCUGAGCUGUUGGUGGUGCCCGUGCCCGGCCUGCCUGACAAGGAGCAGGUCAUCAACAGCGUCUUCGACCACCUGCAGAAUGACCGCCUGCCUCAGGUGUUGGAGAAUGUGACCGCCCUUACCACAACGGUUCCGCUGGAUUGCAUAUCAUACCAGACCUUGUUUAACCGCAUGGAUCAGCUGAUUCCUGUUGUGUCAGUAGGGGUGGAGAUGGCCAUCACCUCAACCAAGACUACACUCCUUACCAGAGUACCGCCAGGUUGCGUAAUCUACAGUGGAGAGUGCAAUGUCACUCCAGUCAAUGAGACUGAGAUCUGCCACAGUGUCGACAGCGCUGGUCUUCAGAAUCUCCUGGACAACCACCAGAUAUCCUCCUCUUUAUGCUCCUUCAACAUCUCACAAUAUGCCUGCGCUGAGCUGUCCGCUUUGACGUCUGAGGAGCUGGUGACGCUGUUGAAUUGUAAGAUGAGUGAGGAUCAUCCCAAGGCAACCUGGAAGCUGUUCAUCACCAAAACCAACCACAUCCUGGGUCACGCCCUCGACCUCUUCUCAAACACAUCUCUGUCUGCCGGUGCUGCUGUGCCCCACGUCUUGGAUGCCAUUGCAGAGUUCUCUUUCAGCAGUUUCAGCACUGAGCAUGUGCAGGACGCGUCCUACGUGCAGCGCUGGUUACAGACGCGUCUGCGGCCCUUCCUGCCGUUCGUCACCCCAUCCUUCCUGUCCUGCCUUGCCACCAAGAACUUCACCUGCCAAACCUUCCAGACUGUUGUGCAGGCUAUGGGACAGCAGUAUGAGCAAAUGGACAACUCCACCCAGAUAAAGGUCUACACGGACUUCAUCGAGGUCUUCCUCUCAAACAAGGCUGACGCAGGUUGUACUGCCGGCGUAGCGAACAGUGCUGAUUGGCUGUUGAAGAACUUUGGGCCGUUCUCAGCUGCUGCCUCCGUUGUGGACAUGCACAGACUUCAUGGCAGCUUCAACCUGAUGGAGGCCCUGCCGCGUCUGACUCUGCUGCAGCUGCUGGAGGCGUCUGUGACUCCCGGACUGCUGAGCAGUGCAGCCCAGGCCACAAGCCUCUUACAAUACGUACCAGACCACCUACUGGUCGAAUACUACACCAGACUGGCCCUCGGCGCACAGGACGUAUCAAUCCCUGCCCCGAUCCGCUCGGCGAUGCUGCAGAACGUGUUUGAUCGUGCCAACCUGUCUGAUUCGUCCGUGCCGGACGCUGACGUCCUUCUGUGGCUCAACGACCGCCUGGCAUUCCUGCUGCCGGACCUCGUGCCAAAUCAAGUGGCGCCCUAUUUUGACAUCAUCAGGCUGCGACAGUGUGGCACUAGCCAGCAGGCUGUGUCCCUCCUGAACAACACACUGUCCACCCUUCCUGAUGACACUCAGAGCCUAGUGCACAGCCACAUCAUCGGGCUACUCACAGAACCCUCCCCUCUGCGUUGCUAUGGAAAUGGCAGCUUCUAUUCCUUCCUGGAGACGACCUUCAUGGACUUCCAGUUCCCCAACCUCACCACCUUCCUGACACUAAUGCCAAGCAGCCGCAAAGUAGAGUUGAUGAACUCCAUCCCUCCAUCUCAGCUCGGGAGCUUCCUCAACAGAACCGGUGCCGUUGACGAUGACACCAAACUCUGCCAGAUCUUUGACGGCUACACCCAGACGACACAGUUCCUGGAAACGGAGAUUGUUCCGGAGGCGAUCCGGCCCUCCAUCCUGACAUGUGUGUGGCCCCUGGCCCUGGCUUCCUCCUCCGUGGCGGAGGCCGACCUCUGGUUCGACAGGAGCCUCACGCGUUACCUCCCCUACCUCAACAAAAACCUCAUCAGCUACUCCGCACUCCACAACACACACUGCCUGGCCUUCAGGAAGUUUGUCGCUGUAACCGGGAACCAUGACUACAGCUCAGCAGACUUCACGAUGAUGGACGUGUACUCAACCAUACACAGCUACCUCUCCGCAGACCUGAAGCCCAGAUGUUACAAUGCGUCUAUUCCUGCCCUGGCCUCCACUGCAUGGUUCGUUGAUUACAUCGGUGUCUUUAUCCAGUACACCUCACUGGAGGAUUUCAACACCUUUGGAGGCCAAAGUCUCCAAGUCUUCACCCCCAACCUGGCGAACCUGCAGCUCUUCAACCAGACUGCAGUGUCCUCCAAUGUAUCCAGCUUCUACGUGGAGCUGCUGUACCAGCAGAACGCUACCUUCCAUCCCAUCUAUCUCCCCCUGGUGUUCCGAUGCUCUGCCCCGGCCGUAGCGUUCUCCAGCAUGACCCUGGACGAGACCAUGGCCAUCAGUGCUGACCUCUACGAAAGCUGCGGACAGGUGGACCGGGACGUGUCUGCAGCCCUGAGCAGCAACGUGGAGACCAUCAGCCCCACCUGCAUCUCCAUGCUGGGCAACUCCAGCACGGGCUUCAGCACGGGUCAGCUGAGCGCAUCCAGCGCCACCGUCAUUUUCUCCUCCCUCUCCAUCCUCAGCACCGUGGUGGGGUGGAACCACGGCCAGGCCAUGACGCUCGUGCAGAAACUGAUCGCCUCUGGGAGCUUCACCAUCUCUUCGAGUAGUGCUCUUCUGCAGCUGGGUAGCCUGAUAUCAGGGGUGCCGUCCUCCACCAUCACCAGUAUCAGCUCCUCUGAGAUCCUCACUGCCGCCCAGUCCCCAGCGCUCAUCACCAACCUCGUCGCCGCACCCACCAUCGUCCAGCAGACCUUUGUCUCCCAAAUCAUCUCUGUAGACGCAUCGGUGGGCUCCAUUUUGACCAACGUGCCCAGUGAGUUGUCCACCCAGAUCCCAAGGAACUUCCUGCAGGGGCUCUCCCAGACCACAGACACGGUCGUCAAACUCAACCAGAAACAGUGGACCCAGAGCCAGGCUGUUCUGCUCUUCGAUACGGUUGCUGUUGGAAUGUCAAAUGCAAGCCAGAUCUCGUUCCAAGUGCUACAGGGCUUCACGUGUACACGUGUGACAACUCUGACCAAGAUCAAGGUCAAAAGUCUCAUCAAGGGCUGCCGGAGACGCAGGAGGCGCAAGCUCAAACUCAAGCAGACACAGUUGUCCUGCAUGUACUUCCAAAUGAGGAAUGAACCUGAUGCCUCAGACUACUCUCAGUGGCCUGCGGAUAUGCUGCUCUACUACGAUUACUCUCAGGUGACCAACUGUGUGAGUUACUUCACUGAGCUGGGCUUUGCUGACUUCAGUGUCCUCGGUCCCGUAUACCAAACCAAGAAAGCCCUUCUUCGCCAAAACGCUUUAACGUGUCUCGGCAUCACUGGUACCAGUCUCACUGCGGCGAACAUCAACAUUCUGGGCAACAUGAUCUGCUCAUUCGACGGCUCCUACAUCGCGAACUCUGACCCCUCCAUCCUGGAGACCCUGAAGGGCUGUGAUGACCUCACCGACUCCCAGAUCUCUGGCAUGGAGACUCUUCUCCUCACUGGCAACAGCACAUAUGGAGCUCCAUCAGAAUGGACCCGGCGAACUCUGGAGGAUUUGGUGCCGCUGCCAGUGUGGUUCACAUCCAACAUGUGGAGCGAGAUCCCAAAGAGAAGGGGUCGAAGUUUCUGGAAGAAGAACAGGAGGCAGCUGAGGAGGAAUGGCGUGCCCAGGCGGAGGAUCAGGAGAUCAUGGCGGGCGUUCAAACAAGCUCACCGGACCAAACGGGCCGCAACAACCGAGUGCACGGUGGGGGCUAUCACCCAGGUCCAAAUCAACGACGACACCUUCACCAUGGAUUACGACACCACACAGUUCGACGCCUGCCUGAGCCUCGAUGUCCUCAAGGGUAAUUUGGCAGAAAUUUCUGACUCAGCCGACGAAGAGAGCUACCACGAGAUCAUCCUGAGGAAGUUAAAUGAGGCCUACCCAGAAGGUCUCUCUGAUGACACGGUGCAGAUGCUGGGACCGACGUCCAGAGCGGCGAGCGUUGAUGACAUCAGCAAAUGGAAUAUUACCAAAAUCGACACUCUGUCCCUGUUGAUGAAGUCAUCGGACGGCGAGUGGUCAGCCAAUCAGACGGUGGCCAUCAUGUCUAAGUACCUGGCAGCAGGUAACAGCAUGGACAGCUCUGCUCUGAAUGCAGUGGGAGGCUCCGGGCUCUGUAGUCUGGACGCCAGCGUACUGGAAGGCAUCACCUCCGACAACCUCAAGCAGGCGGACGCCCUGAACGUCACCAGUUGCAGCCUGGACAAGAAGAAGAGUCUGUUCCCCAUCGCCCAGGCAGCCUUCAUCAGCCAGAGUGUCACCAAGAGGUCCACCGCCACCGUCACCGCCACACAGUACCAACUCAUAGAGCCCUACACAGGUGGCGCCACAGAGUCCUUUGUGCGAACGCUGGUCGACUCCAACGUCGAUAUGGACAUCGACACUUUCCUCGAUCUCGACCAGAGUGUCAUUCAGACCCUGAGCGUGUCAGACGUGAGCAGUCUACUGGGCAGCACCAACGUGAAUGACCUGGCCACCUACUCUGACAACGCCGUCGUCAAGGACUGGAUCAGCCGCCAGUACCAGUCCGAUCUGGACACCCUAAGCCUGGGCCUGACCGGGGGACGCGCCACCCCUAGCACCCAGGCCACCACCACCACUACUACUACUACUACCACUACUGCCAAUGUGGAUGGGAAUGCGGAUGCCAGCACUGCUGCCACUACUACUGCUGCUACUGGGACAGCUACCACGGGGAGUGGAGGAACGAAUGUGAAGCCUGCCCAUGGUCUACACUGCCUCCUGCUGGCCAUAGUGACAACUGCACUUUACCUGCUCCGCUGAUGAAGAGUAUAUACAAGGGAACGCACUGAAGAGAUUCGGAGCCAGUUUACAGCCAUAUUUAUCAAUAUUUUAUUUUUACACCAUAUACUGGUACGCUAAAUGUAUGUAUGAAGGGUAUGAAAUAGAUAUAAUCUAUCAUGUAAAAACAUUUUAAUUAAUUUAAAUCCCGAACCUGACUUAACUGUGUACUACUUACAAAUGUAUGUUUUUUUUUGUUGCCAUUUUUGAUUUCAUGAUUCAUAGAGGGCCCAGCUAUUUGGAGGAACAGUACAAAUUGUCCAUGUUGGCAUUUUGUAAUUUUUGAUCACACAGUUUAAGGGGAAAUUCUGACCAAUUUCAACAUACUGUUGUUAUUGCUCUUGCUACCUUUGACAUGUCAGUACGAGAAGACUGAAGGGUUUUUUUUCGCUCCUUAGCGGGAUCCUGGCCAGCGAACUGAGUGGAUAGUUUGUUCACACAAUGUAGGGCACAGACAAGUAAAAGAUAGCGUGAGCGAUACAAUUCAGUUUUGAAAUUGGUCAGAAUUUCACCUUUGAUUGAAAAUUAUUUUUAUACAGUAUGUCCUGUUUACUGACCUAUUACCAUUUUACUUUUAAUGCUAAAUGAAGGAAACAAGAGAGAAUCCAUGUAUAUACUGUUGUAGAGCUAUUACAUUUGCAACGACCCAUUUUGGAUUAAUGCUAAGCCCAGUUAAUGACAA